GUGGACCCACCUACCUGUUUUCACCCUAGAGCAACCUGACUGACCCAGGACCAGCCAGACCCCCUGAUAAACCCCUCCCUCAAUGCUGCUCCACCAGAUACCAGGCUCUGAACACAUUCAGGAAAACAAUGAUGGAGAACUUCACAGAGAACACACAGACCAGCUGCUCCACCUUCCUUCCACACACACCUUCACACACACCAGUCAGAUCUUCUCACCAGCACUGCAGCCUUCUGAAAGUCCAGGUAGCUUAAACCAGGCCUCACACGGUUUCAGCUCCAACUGACAGCAUGACAUCUCAGUAAAACCAGCCAACCAUAAACUAUAAAACAAGAAAAGCCAACAACCAACAACUGGUGCUGAUUUAGGAAUCAGAACAGCAAAAAAACAGCAGGAAUACCGAGCAGCCCUGGAGGAAAGAGGAAAACGUGAGCCACAAAGUGCUUUAAAGGCAGUAGUGGAAAGUGAAAGCAUGGCUGCAGGAGUGAAGAGGCGCUCGGCAGCGGCUGCUCCAGAUGGAGGAUGGGGCUGGAUGAUCGUUGCUGGCUGCUUUAUUACCACCAUCUGCACACGUGCUGUCACCAGGUGUGUAUCCAUCUUCUUCUUGGAGUUCCAGAUGCACUUCUCCAGCGAUUAUUCCAGAACUGCAUGGAUUCACUCUCUGGUGGACUGCACCACCAUGCUCUGUGCUCCUCUGGGUAGUUACAUAGGGAACCGCUUCUCCUGUCGAGUGGCGGUGAUGGUUGGAGGAUUGCUGUCUUCUCUGGGGCUCAUUCUCAGCUCCUUUGCCUCUAGUUUGGAGUACCUCUAUCUGUCACUAGGCAUUCUCACAGGACUGGGCUUCGCUCUCUGCUACACCCCUGCAGUCGCCAUGGUGGGCUCCUACUUCAGUGAAAGGAAAGCUCUUGCGUACGGGAUCGCCAUGUCCGGCAGUGGCAUUGGGACAUUUGUUCUUGCACCUGUGGUGCAGCUUCUAAUCGAGCUCUACUCCUGGAGGGGGGCUCUCCUUAUUUUAGGGGGGUUUGCUUCACACUUGUGUGUCUGUGGGGCCCUCAUGAGGCCCUUGAAUAGACAUAGGCAGAAUCAAGAUGGUGAGGGCCGAGAAGAGGAGCUUAGCAUGCUAAAUGCUAAGUUAGCAGAAGCUAACCUGCACAUGGAAUUGAACUUAAAGGAUAAUUUGGAAAUGGCAACGUUGGAUUUCAGUGGUGUUAAUAUAGACAGAGUGAGCAAUGGUGGGCUAGAAGACAAGAUAAUACAAAAAGAAGAGCAAGAUUUAGAUUCUACCCUUGAAGAGAAAAUAUGUGGAGAACCUGUUGAAAAGGAUCUUGUGGAAACAGAUACAGAAAUGAUGGAGAAGACUAAAGACAUUGAGUCAAAUCCUGGAGACACAAAAGUCAUUUUUAUGAACACAACGUCUACAGAUCUAAAGCUAAAUACAAACAGCAAAUCGACCAACUUAAAGGACCCAACAGCUUCAGAGCAGAACACUAAAUUAAACACAAAUCUUUCAGAUACUGUUGUAGUUGAAUCAGUGCUAAUUGGCUCAAAGCUACCUGAUUCAAUGCUACUUCAGUUGGUGCUAAGUGAUCCAGGGCGAGCUGACUCAGAGCUGAACAGUUCAAAGCUACCUGAGUCAAUGCUAGUUCAUUCUGCACUAACUGACCCAAUGCAAGCUGACUUAAAGCUAAUGGAUUCAAAGCUACUCAAGACAGUAUUAAUUGACUCUGUACUAAAUGAUUCAAUGCAAGCUGACUCAGAGCUAACUGAUUCAAUGCUAGCUGGCUUAGAGUUAAAUGAUUCAAAGCUACCUAAGACAAUGCUAACUGUGCUCAGUGACUCAAGGGAAACUGACUCUGAGUCAGUACUACACUGCUCAAAACUAACUGACACCAUGCUAAUUGACUCUGCACUAAAUGACUCACUGCAAGUUUACUCAGAGCUAAUUGAUCCAAGAGGAGCUGACUCAGAGCUAAUUGAUUCAAUCCAAGCUGGCUUAAGGCUAAAUGAUUCAAAACUACCUGAGACAAUGUUAAUUGACUCUAAACUGAAUGAUUCAAUGCAAGUUUACUUAGAGCUGACUGAUUCAGGACGAACUAGCUCAAAGGUAAAUGAUUCAAAACUACCUGAGUCAAUGCUAAUUGACUCUACACUAAAUGACUCAGUGCAAGUUUACUUAGAGCUGACUCAUUCAGGGCAAACUGGCUCAGAACUAAAUGACUCAAAACUACCUGAGACAAUGCUAAUUGACUCUGCACUAAAUGACUCAAUGCAAGUUUACUCAGAGCUGAUUGAUUCAGGGCGAGCUGGCUCAGAACUAAAUGAUUCAAAGGUACCAGAGACAAUGCUAAUUGACUUUAUGCAAACUGACUCAGAGCUAACCGACUUAAAGCUACCUGAGUCAAAGCUAGUUCAGUCUGUGCUAAAUAAUUCUAUGCAAGCUGACUCAGAGCUUACUGGCUCAAAGCUACCUGAGUCAAUGCAAGUUUCCUCUGCACAAACGGACCCAAUGCGAGCUGACUUAGAUCUAAAUGACUCAAAGCUAUCUGAGGCAAAGCUAGUUUACUAUCCAGUGCUAGCUGAAUCAAAGUUAGUUGACUCCAAACUGCUACAUGAAGUGGCCUUCUGUGAACGUCCAGGUUUCCCCGUCAAGAAUGAAGCUCCAGGAGAAAGCAGAGAUCAAAACGGUUGUUUCUUCCUGCCGUCCACAGAGGAGUAUAGCUUCCUGCUAAUACCGGACUUCCUGCUACUGUCGGUGUCUUUCCUGUUCCUGGCGUUCGGAUGCAGCGUGCCGUUUGUGUACCUGGUACCGUAUUCUCUCAGCAUCGGUGUCAGUCAUCAGCAGGCUGCGCUCCUCAUGUCCUUUCUGGGAGUGAUGGGUAUCGUGGGGAACAUCACUUUCGGUUGGAUUUCAGACAGAAGGUGUUUAAGGGCAUAUCGAAUUGUGAGCUACUUGCUUGCAGUGGGGCUUGAAGGACUGAGUUGCCUGUUUGUGCCCUUGUUGUGGAAUUUUUCGCUGCUGGUACCCUUUUCCCUUUUCUACGGCUAUUUCGACGGGGCCUAUGUGGCACUCCUUCCUGUGGUGACCUCUGACACCGUAGGUCCUACUUACCUCUCUUCAGCACUGGGCGUGGUCUGCUUCCUGCACGCCAUUCCCUACCUCAUCAGUCCACCAAUAGCAGGUUGGCUGGUGGAUCAGACUGGCUCCUACACAGCUGCGUUCCUCCUGUGUGGAUUUUCUAUAAUCUGCAGUGCGUUGAUUCUGACCACCUUCAAAUUGAGUCACCGCUGCAGCAGAGGGUCCUCACACUCUUACUAAACACUAUAGACUUUGACCAUGUUGGAGCAAGAUAUCUCAUAUUGGAACUAAAUAAGGUAUUAUACCAAAAUUAUACCUGCCAGGACUGGGGCAGGUGCAUCUGAAAAAAAAAUUAAUAUCAUGGAAAAGUUUGUUUUUGUUUGUAAUUUAAGAAUAAAAAAUAGCUAUACUGUCAUACCUUUUAAUCAUCACCACAUAUACAGAACCCGUCAACAAUUUAAACACACCUUUUAAUUUAGUGUUUUUCUUUAGUUGUUUAUUAUGGAGUUGUUUGAACAAAAUCACUCUCACAUGAAGAGAUCUCACCAGCUCUAUUCUUGCCAGUUUCAUGUUUACACUGAUCGUUUAACACAUGUUACGGUUGGCUUUGUGCCAAAAUGGCAAAACAUGACCAAGCUAGACUGUGCUUAACUGCAAUGGAAACACAUUAAAACUUAUUAUUUGAAAAUACGUUAAUCUCCUUCAUUUAAUGACUUACUAAAGACAGUAGGUACAGAUCCCAGGAGGGAUCUGUACAUUAAAAAAAACAUUAAUCGUGUUCGAACGAAUCCUGUUCAUGCAGCUUGCCAUUAGCUGCCGGAGCCCCGAGAGCACAAUUGGCUUUGCUCUUUCUGGGUGGGUAGAUGGCGCUCUCUCCCCACAUCUCUCCAAAGGGUGAUGUCAAUCAGCACAAGGCGUCUAUGAGCUGAUGUAUCAGAACCGAGUCGCUGCUCUUUCCUCCGAGCUCGCUGGCUGCUUGGCAAUACUGCAUCAGCAGCAGUUCAAAAAGAAGCGGUGGCUGACUUCACUUGUAUCGAAGGAAGCAUGUGCUAGUCUUCACCCUCCUGUUGUUGGGGCAUUU